UAGCUCCGUUCGCAGGUAAAAUCAGCUGGGAAAAAGAGCAUGGUUCCGAGAGCUUGAGGUGAGGUACUGCCAGAGAGGAGCCAAAUUUAAUCGAUUUUUAGGGAUAGAGUGUCAAAAUUAAAGAAACGCCAGAGAAUGUGUCAUCUGUGACCGAAAACGUGCGCACAUCAUCGAAGAAACUCCUGCAUUCUGUGGUUAAAUCUCCGCCCUAGAAAAAUGUCGUACUGCCGAAGUGAAGGAAAAGACGGAAAGGACAAAAUAAUUUUCGCCACUGCCGAAGAUCACGCGACAGAGAGCACAGUUAAGCUUCCAGAACCGGAAGAGUCGCCAGGACUUAUCUUACCAAAUGGGGAGAUUAACUGGAACUGCCCUUGCCUGGGCGGAAUGGCGACCGGGCCGUGCGGGGUCGAGUUCCGGGAGGCCUUCUCCUGCUUCCACGUAAGCGAGGCCGAUCCCAAGGGCAGCGACUGCAUCGAGGCCUUCGCUACGAUGCAGGAGUGCAUGUUAAAGUACCCUGAAAUCUACGACAAGAAGUCGGAGGGAAGGGAUGGCGACGACGAGGAGGAAGACCCCAUGGAUAAGCUGGCAGCCGAGUCGAGUGCGUCAAAGACACAAAAUAGUGACGAAAAGCCGGCCCAGCAGGACGCCAAGAAGGAUUAGUUGCAGUUGAAUUAGAGAGAGGACGUUAAGUCUUGUUACCUGUUUGUUAAAGAGGAGGAGGAGAAGGAGCAGGGCCUCAAAGUGGAAACCAAUCGGCAGCGCAUUUACUAGCAAUACCAAGAAAUACAGUUCUGAUUGUGCCAUCACUUUGUUUUGGAGCUGCGAAAAAAUCUUCACCCUGCUUGAAUCGAUUUUUUCCCAUUAAGAUUUACACAGGGUGUCUCAGAUCGCCCUACGAAUUUUAAUCAUUGUUUGGUUGUGUCCUGUGAGGUCAUGUUCGGGAUUCAUAAAUUUUGAAAUGCGGACAAAGCA